ACCCACAGUCAGUGUUGAUGGGCUUGGGAACGGAGAGGCCUCUCCACACACACACACACACAGAGACAGACUCACUCUCUCUCUCACUCACUGUGUAGCAGAACACUGAAAGGUCCGGGCGCCGAUCCUGUGGGUGCGCUCCUCCCGAUCGGAGGCAUUUCCACUCUGUGCCUCAGCUUCUGUUUGUGUUCUUGGAAAAUCAAAGGGGGGAACAAAACCUAAAAGAAACACUUGUGCACAGAUUAGCUGUUGGAAUUCAGCGGCUGCUUUACCGACAGGCAGAGUGUGUCCGGGCUGUGAGUGAGGAAUAGAAAGGGACAUAUCUGUGUCUCUGAUCCCCCUCCCACACACAUACACACAAGGGUCUGAAGGACUGCUCGGAGUGGCCGCUUGGAAGUGAUCCCGAGAGUGAAGGCGGAUCGGGGAGGGGGCUCCGGGAGGAUAUGGACGGAAUGUGGAAACAGCGGCUGGGAGCGAUGUCCCGGUCCCUGCUACUCACACUCAUCAUCAUGGGACUGGGCAGUACUUCAUCUCUCCAUUCCUUAGAGGGAAUAUCCAGUAGGUCCAUCGAGAAAAUCCUGGGCAAAUUUAGCAAAGAUUUUCAAUGUCAUCACGUGUUGAAGCACCUGUACAAUGGAGCCAGGAUAACUGUGCAAAUGCCCCCUCAGGUGGAGAGCCAUUGGGUCUCUACAAGUUGUGAAGUGAGACCGGGUCCUGAGUUCAUUACCAGAUCCUACAGAUUUUACUCCAACAACACAUUCAAGGCUUAUCAGUUUCAUUAUGGAGACAACCACUGCACACAUCCCACCUACACCUUAGUGAUCAAAGGAAAACUCCGAUUGCACCAAGCUUCCUGGAUCAUUCGAGGAGGAACCGAGGCUGAUUACCACCUUCACAGAGUGCAGAUCGUCUGCCAUAACAAGGUGACAGCUGAGGAGAUGAGCCUGAAGCUGAACGGGUCAUGCCCAGGGUUCAUACCAGGAGAGAAGGUGUGGGAGCCGAACGUGAGCUACAACCUGUGGAAUGAUGAUACCGGGUGCAACUGUUUCCGGGCUCUGAACUUUGCCAUGCACGAACUGCAGCUCCUCAGGGUCGAGAAGCAGCACCUACACCACAAUCCUGAGCGCAUGGUGCAAGAGCUCUUUCUGGGGGAUAUCCACACAGAUUGGUCCCAGAGAAUGUAUUACAGACCCUCCAGCUACCAACCUCCACUGCAGAAUGCCAAGAACCACGAUCAUUCGUGCAUGGCCUGUCGAAUAAUCUACCGAUCAGAUGAGCAUCACCCUCCCAUUCUACCUCCGAAGGCAGACCUGACUGUAGGACUGCACGGCCAAUGGGCGAGCCAACGGUGUGAGGUUCGGCCAGAAGUGCUCUUCCUCACCCGGCACUUCAUCUUCCAUGACAACAACAACACCUGGGAAGGGCAUUACUACCACUUCUCGGACCCUGUGUGCAAGCAUCCAACAUUCACCAUCUACGCCAAGGGCCGUUACAGCCGAGGCAUCCCUUCAACUAAAGUGAUGGGAGGAACAGAGUUCGUGUUCAAAGUGAACCACAUGAAGGUAACACCAAUGGAUGCAGCUACUGCAUCUCUCUUGAAUGUCUUCAAUGGAAAUGCAUGUGGUGCUGAGGGUUCCUGGCAUGUGGGAGUGGAACAGGAUGUCACUCACACCAACGGCUGUGUGGCUCUGGGGAUACGCCUCCCUCACACAGAGUAUGAACUCUUUAAAAUGGAGCAAGAUGCUAAAGGUCGAUACUUGCUGUUCAAUGGACAAAGACCUAGUGAUGGAUCCAGUCCGGACAGGCCAGAGAAGAGGGCUACAUCUUAUCAGGCUCCUUUAGUCCAAUGUGCUGCAGCUACAGUGGGAUUAGAUGAAUCAGGAGAAGAUGGCAAACAAACCAGAUCAACCAACAAUGGAUUCAAGAUAAAUGAGCACUCUGUUGUAUUACUGUUUAUUUGUGCAUUGCAUUCAAUGAUCAAGCAUAUCUUCAGCUAAGCACAAGCCCGUCUUCCUAUGGUCCCUAUGAUGGAAAACUGUGAAUAGGAUUACUUUCUCCAUCCAGACAGUUCAUUUACUUGAUGCACUUCAAUGCUGAAGUACUGUUCCUCCAUUUGAAGGCAUCAGUAUGAUGGUUUUCCACGUUGAACUCUCUCCAGUCAAUUUCAGACAUGGAACAAGUAGCAUCUACUGCACAACCAUAAUAGCACUUUAUUACAAUGGAAGAUUUUAUCUGGCACGCACUGUAAAAAUGUACAUAGUUUGCCAAGUAUAUUCAAGCUAGUGUCAUCUGUGGCAUUCUCUUCCCAAUGCCUAUAUGCUUCAGGUAACUCAAGAGGAUAUUUGUAUUGGUAAAUUGAACUAGUUUUUGUAUAUUUGAGUCAAUUAUUUCAAUGUACAAGAUCUGGAGUUGUAAAAAUGAACUAUUGGUAAAAGUUAGAAAGAACUAUUGUAUUCCUUAAACAGGAACAGCAGUAAAACAAAAUGGCAUUAAUUAAGGUAACAAUUAAGAAAAUACUGCUUUUACAUUUUAUUUUUCUUUACAUUAAUACAAGUCAAUAUUUGUAUCAUUUCUACAAAUAAUAUUUCUGCUGUGGGUUAAGUGUGGCACUUGUUUUUCAGUUACUUUGUUAAAAACUUAGGUGUAGGUGACAUUAUUUAUAUAUCAAGCCACCAGAUAUUGUUUUUAUAGUCUGGUUUUAACUUCUGGCAUCAUUAAUUU